AUGCCAGUAUUUCAAACCAAAACUUUCCGACGGGCGACCACUGCCUCCUCCUCGUUAGGGGAAAAGAUUGGUGAAGCAUACCGGGCCAGACUUCCAAAACAUCCGUUUCUUUUCUUCGGCUUACCUUUCAUCAUGAUUAUCGUGGCUGGGUCAUUUGCCCUGACCCCAGCAGCUGCUUUGAGAUACGAAAGGUACGAUCGCAAAGUCAAACAACUCAGCCAAGAGGAGGCCAUGGAUUUGGGUCUCAAGGGACCUGACGGGGAGGAGGGAAUUAAAAGAAAUCCGAGGAGGAGAAUCGUUGGCGACGAUAGGGAAGAGUAUUAUAGGCUUAUGGCCAAAGAUCUUGAUAAUUGGGAACAAAAACGAGUUCAAAGAUUCAAGGGUGAACCCGAUGGAAAACUAUAA